CUGGAGGCCGGAGCCGGCUUCUUUGCAGGUGCAUCUCCCGCUCGGUAGGUGCGGGCGUCUUUGUGCGGUGGACAAAUGGGGAGAGGAGGAGGAGGUGGGCACUCGGGCGACGUAAGAUCCACAUCAGCUCAACUCCACUCGCAUCCCAGCCGGCACUUCCUCACUUUCUCAACUGUCUCUGCCCCACGCCUCUCUCCCGCCUGGCCUCCCCUGGCCUUCCCGCUGCCACCGCGGGCCCUCCCCGGGCUGCGGGCCGGGGGCUGGGGCUCCUCGCUUCCCUCCCCUGCCACCGCUCCGCCUGGCACAGAGGGCUGGAUGGUUCCCCCGGGCAGGCUGGCCCCAUGAUGUUAGGGACGGUGAAGAUGGAAGGGCACGAGACCGGCGACUGGAACAGCUACUAUGCGGACCCCCAGGAGGCCUACUCCGCCGUGCCGGUGGGCACCAUGAACUCGGGCCUGGGCGCCAUGAGCUCCAUGAACUCCUACAUGACGAUGGGCCCCAUGACCACGACGGGCAACAUGACCCCGGCCUCGUUCAACAUGGCCUACGCCAACCCGGGGCUGGGGGCCGGGCUGAGCCCCGGGGGCGGGGGCGGGGGCGGCUCCUCGGCCGGGGCCGGGGGCCUGGCGGGGGCCGGGGGCCUGGCAGGCGGGGGGGUGCCCGCUCUGAGCCCCGGGGGUCUGGGCGGGCUGGCGGCGCCCCCGGCCGGCUCCAUGAACGGGCUGGGCCCCUACGCGGCCGCCCCCUGCAUGAGCCCCAUGGCCUACCCGUCCGCCCCGUCGGGCCUGGGCCGCGCCCGGCCCGAUGCCAAGCCCUUCAAGCGCAGCUACCCGCACGCCAAGCCGCCCUACUCCUACAUCUCCCUCAUCACCAUGGCCAUCCAGCAGGCGCCCAGCAAGAUGCUGACGCUCAGCGAGAUCUACCAGUGGAUCAUGGACCUGUUCCCCUACUACCGGCAGAACCAGCAGCGCUGGCAGAACUCCAUCCGCCACUCGCUGUCCUUCAACGACUGCUUCGUCAAGGUGGCCCGCUCCCCGGACAAGCCGGGCAAGGGCUCCUACUGGACGCUGCACCCGGACUCGGGCAACAUGUUCGAGAACGGCUGCUACCUGCGGCGCCAGAAGCGCUUCAAGUGCGACAAGCAGGCCGGAGCCGGGGCCGGGGCCGGGGGCGGGCCCGGAGGGGGCAAAGCGGGCACCGACGGUCGGAAGGACCCCUCGGGGGGCGCCCCCCACCCCGGCGCCGACUCCCCCUUGCACCGCGGGGCCCCCGCCAAAGCCGCCCCCCUGGAGGGACCCCAGGGGUCCGGGCCCACCCCCAGCCCCCGGGCCCUGGACCCCAGCGCGGCCGGGCCCGCCCCGGGCCUGAAGACCCCGGCCUCGACCUCCGCGCCCCCCCUCAACCCGGGACCCCCCGCCCUGCCGGCGCACGCCCUGGCCCCCCACGAGACCCAGCUGCACCUCAAGGGAGACCCCCACUAUUCCUUCAACCACCCCUUCUCCAUCAACAACCUCAUGUCCUCCUCGGAGCAGCAGCACAAGCUGGACUUCAAGGCCUACGAGCAGGCCCUGCAGUACUCGUCCUACGGGGCCGGGCUGGCCGGGAGCCUACCCCUCAGCGCCGGCGCCUCCAUGGCCGGGAGGAGCACCAUCGAGCCCUCCGCCCUGGAGCCCUCCUACUAUCAAGGUGUGUAUUCCAGACCGGUCCUCAACACCUCCUAGCUCCCGGGACGGCCGGGAGCCUUCCGGGGCGGCCGGCCUGGCCGCAGGAGAGGAACACACACAUGCACACACGCGCGCCCCCCCCCCAACACACACACCCACCCACACCCCCCCUCUUCCCUCCUUCACGGUUUUGCACAAACUCCCUCCUCGUGCAAAGGACUGUUACUUGGUUAUUGUAUUCCCGACUCCUUGUCUAUGUUAUUGUAAGAACCAAACCGACCGGCCCCCCCAACCACAACGAACCUUCCUGCCGAGUUCAGCGACCCACGAUGGUCUAGAAUAUGUGUGUGUGUGUGUGUAUAUAUAUGUACACAUGUUAUAUGUGUAUAGGCACAGUGUAUCUAUUGUAUAUAGUAUAUACAUACGCACACACGUAUACAUAAAGGCCCUUUCCCUCUUUCUUUCUCUUCCUUCCCCCCACACACACUCACGCAGCGCUCUGAUUUGAGCAGGGUGCAUUUGAAAAGAGAGCGAGAGAGAGGUGGUCAAGCUUCUAAAAGAUUUGUUUGUGUUAUUUUCUUCCUCUUUACUUGUCGUAAGCCUCCCGCCAGUAUACAGGUAUGUGGCAAUACUCUUAAUGAUUAAAAAACAGAUGAAGAAUCAAGUAGCCGUUUCGGCCUCUAAAUACCAUUCAAAGGCAAAAUCGUGGUGAUGUGUAGCCCAACUGAUAGAAGCAGGACUGCUUGUUUUCUCGAGCCAGCCUGACAAAUUGACAUCGGAUUUGUCUUUAAAAGAGCAGGUGGAAAUGUAUGUAUAUCGAUACUCUUCCACGUGGAUCUGCACAUACAUACAUCAGUACGGCCUACAUCUUUACCCAUUCAGUAUGUGAUCAGUAUUCGAGGGUAAUAUGGUUAUUACCUUUUCGAGAAUUGCCUGACCAAAAUGUUCCAAACUAAAACGACCCCAUUCCUCUUCACCACACUGAAAAGAAAUUUCUGAAAAAUCGCCUGUGUCAAACACUAUGCUUCCCACUUCGCAGAAUGACGUGGCCAUUCACAACUUGUGUACAAAAUAAAUCUCCCUUAUGUACGCAAUUUAUAGAAUUGUGUAUUGUUGGUUUUUUUAUUUUUGUUUUUUUCCAGAAAACAUUGGCUAUUAAAACCAACAUAGCAAGAGAGCUAGAGAGUCUCAUUUCGAAAUCUGGUCCAUAAUUCCAAACUCAGAUUUGUUGUGGUCAUUUAAUUAUCGCCAUUGUUCGCUUGUUUCAUCCAGUGUUAAUGCACUUUCCACAGUUUGCCAUGGUGUUAGCAUAGUCAGACAGGUUUCCUUAUUAUUCCUGUUCGCUUUCUCAAUGACCUUAAUUUAUUGCAUGGUUUAUACUUUCUUCCUUUACAGCUGAACUUGCUUUAAAUGACCGUUUAAAUGAAAAAAAUUAAAGCGUUAAUUUUAUAAAUGUGAUUGUAAUUGAACAUAUUUUGAUUUAAAUAGCUCAAAUGAUAACUGAGAUUUUAAGCCGUGGAGUAUGUUUUUUGAUCAUUUACAGUUAAGGACUUUAAAUAAAUCAAAUGUUAACAAAUAA